GCAAGUCACUCAGUUCCGUUUCUCUGUAAUUCCGGCUAGCUGUCAUCUCGACCCUAGCUCAAACUAUAUACGCGGACUAUGCAACAACGGCCGCCAGCUGAAGGAGGAGGUUGUCACCCGCAUAUUGAUAAUGCCAACAUCUGAGCAGUCAACUCCCUGUCUAGAGGAUACGAACGGGAUUAUGUUGUACACAACAUUAAUCAAAGGUCAACAUUUUGCCCAACAUAUCUUCUCAGUGUUGAUCUUGCUGGGAAUGAUAUUGGCAGUGCAGAGCCAGCAUGAAAACUGUAAAAAUGGAUAUGUUGGGUUUAGAAAAGAACCGAUUGGGUAUAUUAACUAUCAAGGACCAAGAGAUUUUUACAUUGUGCCUGACACGUCAUCGGCAAGUCUUCCUACUUUGACGUGUUUGAUCAUAUGUGGCACAAUUCAUUCAAUUGGGCCCAUUGACCCACCCCUGUCGACAGCUUUCUGGUACUUCAACAACGCACCUGUUCAAGACAAUCCAUUGUUCAGGAUUGAACGCCAUUAUCACGACGAGCGGCAGUCAUCAGUAGAAAAGGAUAUAACAUACACCAGAAAGCUCCACUGGCCAACAACUAUCACUCAGUCAAUGAUAGGAACGUAUGAAUGCAGCUUUCGGCAGGGAGAAAAACUGUAUCAGAGGAACACUCUAACUUUACACGUUGCCGAAAAACCAUACAUUGCCUUCAUCAGUGGAUCCAUGACUAUCGUGUCCACAUCAUGGCAGGUGGGAUUAAUUGCCUUGGUGUGCAGAGCAAACGGCACGGGACCAUUGAAUAUGACGUGGACUAAGAAUGGAAGAAUACUACCAGCAUAUAAUGGUGCAAAUGGUUGGACACGCAAGCUAGGUGAUUACCUAACUGUGGACGACUCAGCGAUAUAUACUUGUACAGUAUCAACACCCUUUGGAACUGCUUCAAAACAACUGAACAUCCUAGUACAAGAUAUUCCCAGGUUUCUUAUUGCCCCUAGACCGGCACGCAUCGUCCAGUAUUCACUAAGAGCAACUUCGGUCACUCUUAAUCUUCAAUCACCAUCAUACAAAGGAAAUCUACCCGUCAAAACUUACAAAGUCAUUUGUAAACCAGAUACAGAGUACAGAUCUUAUGUGAAGGACACUGUUCAAAGUGUUCCACUCAAUACUGUCACAAUUUUUGGACUCCAACCAGCCACCAAGUAUACCUGCUGGUAUCAUGCAGAAAAUGCAGCUGGUCCAAGUGGUCCAAGUCCUAGACUAAGACUGGAGACUCCCGAAUCACGGUCUGCGGCGCCCCAAGGCCUCACUGCUGUCUCAACAUCACCAGGUCAUGCAACGAUAGGGUUCAAGCCAAUGCCACCUGCUCUUUCCCAUGGUACUAUAAUUGGCUAUGAGGUUAGUUACGAUGCAAUUGGGUGUAUCAAAGUAGAAGAUUGUCAAUGUCAACUCUACAACUGUUCUCUGCACGGAUCUAUUCGAGUUCAUGAAAGUUGGGUCAGCAACUCGAUUUCACUAUCUGGCUUGCGACAUUUUACACGAUACCAGAUUACUGCUGCAGCCAUUAAUGGAGUGGGUCUUGGUGUUAAAGCAAGGAGGCGGCUCAUAACUCAGAAGCUAGCCCCAGGACCAGUAAGGAAUUUGACAGCCAUACCCAUAUCAAGCUCUGUACUACAGGCAAGAUGGCAAGCACCAGAAACAACUUACGGUGGUAGUCUAUACUACGUAAUUCAGUAUAGUGUUCUCAGAGGAGAUACUGAGGAGAGAGUGAGCAACGAUAUCAACAUUGCAAUGCCACUCUACACCAUAACUGGACUAAAGGAGAGGAGAAGUGUUUUGAUCACGGUGUUUGCUGUCAACUCGGUCGGUCCUGGAUAUCGUGUCACUUUAGGCACUACAACAGCUGCAGUCAGAGUACAACCUGAUGUCACUGAUAAACCAACUUAUCAACCAAUACCUCCUGCUUUCUGCAAGUUACCCAGUGAAGUAGGGUGGGCUGUGUCUGUUGCAAGUACAUUCACCCCAGAAAUUAUCAAUCUGAUGAAACUGAAUUUCUCAGCAAACACAUCACUUAAUGUCACAUGCAGAGAAGGCCUGUAUGUUUCUGGUAACUGGUCACAACGCCAUCAACUGAUCACAUGCCAGAAAAGUGGAAUGUGGACCAAGGAAAUCUCCGCUUGCUCAGCACCAGUUAGUACUGCUGUUGCCCACGGUUAUAGUAAAUGCAGCUCCGACAUUUCAGUUGCAGUAUCUAUCAUAAGAGGUAUUUUCUUCGCUGCCAGUGUUGCCCUGAACCUCAUCUUCUUUUUCAAGGUCUACAAUAAGAAAUGAUUGUCCUGGCUCAUAUUUCUUCAAAAAAAGAAAUACAAUUCCUCUCUGAAGACAAGCACAGACUCAUCUCUAGGUGCAGACAAUGGAACAAGCUUAUCCGUUGCCAUUCCGAGAAAACCCCGAAAAAAAUCUGCCCCAUUCCUAUUGUGCUAUUGCCAAAGCCAUACCUCCCCCCCCCCCCCCACACACACACAUACACGCUACGCCAUUUCAGACAGCGUCUCAAUAUUAAAUUGUAGAAACUCAACCAAAAAUCCGAUGACAGGAUGCCUCUGAAUGCCUUACUUCGUUAAUUAAGACUAGUUGUAGUUUGGCUUUGGCUGACAUUCAUUGUCAGACACCCCUUUCCCAACUACCACCACUACUCACACAAAAAUCCACCCCUAAUAGUUAUCAAUCUGUAUGUACAUCUGUAUGUCCGUACUGCGGACAAAGGAGUGUAUUUACAAAUUCGACUUUUCAGGGAUUUUACGACCAGCCUGCCCCCUUAAAUCUUUGACUAUGGCAAACUUAUACAUGUAUCUUUGAUCGGUAU